GUGUUGUAUUUCACAAGUAGCUACAUUUUCAGAUUGGGAAAAUUAGAGUAUGCCAGCAAGGAGAAGAACUGCAGCGGCGUCAACCAGUCCACGGAGCGACGAUCCACAAUAUCAGUUGAAAAGACAAAAAAAUAAUGAAGCAGUUCAACGCACCCGGGAAAAGACGAGGAAGUCUGCCGAAGAACGCAAAAAACGUAUUGAAGAGCUAAAGAUGGAGAACAUAAAGCUGAAAGCUAAAAUACAGCAGCAGGAGUCGAAUAUAUCUAUGCUGAGAAGCUUGAUCAUAAAGGGCGUAAAAACUGGAGAUCAAGAUCGUGUAAUUCACGAGAUACUUCAAGGCUCGUCUGAUGACGAUGAAGACGAGCAAAAUGACUUAACGACGAGUUGAUUUUAAUUUAUAUUUUACUCAUAGGGUUAUUUUAGAAAUAUAUUUAAUACAUAUGCAAAUACAUAUGUACAUACAUGUGCA